AUGGGAAAUGACGUUUUGCCAGCGUGUGAAGAACAUGUCGUCCGCUUAUACAACCACUUAAUGGCUGGCUAUGAACGCGAGGUGCGACCAUCUUUGCAACAUGAUCAGCCAAUUGAUGUUGCAUUCGUUUUUUCGUUGACACAAAUUAUUGAUGUGGACGAAAGAAAUCAAAUCCUCACCACCAAUGCAUGGGUACGACAGCAUUGGAUGGAUUACCAACUGGUUUGGGAUCCGCGAAGGUUUGGCAAUGUGACAAAGAUUCAUAUUCCAUAUGAAAGGAUUUGGAGACCAGACAUUAUUUUAUACAAUAAUGCGGAUUCACAAUACACAAAAUCGGUGAUGAGCACCGACGUGGUCGUAAAUUUUAUGGGAAACGUCACUUAUGCAACUGCUGGUAUUUUCAAGUCUAGUUGUCCCUUGGAUGUCAGAUUCUAUCCCUUUGAUCACCAAAAUUGUACCUUGAAGUUUGCAUCUUGGGCGUACGACGGGACUAAAAUCGACCUUCAUCUACCAACCCGAAUCGGUGAUAAAAGCAAUUAUAUGAUUAGCACGGAAUGGGAGUUGAAGGAGAUAUGGGCGGAAAAAGAUAAUAUGGUCUAUUCGUGCUGUCCGGAACCGUAUCCUUUUGUUGACGUCCAUAUCACGAUCGAAAGAAGACCAAUGUUUUAUGUGUUUAAUUUGAUUCUGCCAUGUGUCUUAAUAUCGGGGAUCGCCCUUCUCGGUUUCUACAUGCCGAGUGAUAGCGGAGAAAAAGUCACAUUAGGAAUCACAUCAUUGUUAUCGACUACCGUUUUUUUAAUGCUGGUUGCCGAAGGUAUGCCGCCGACAGCUGAAGCACUUCCAUUGAUAGGAAUUUAUUAUGGCGUCACGAUCUUCCUUGUUUCAUUGGCCACGGCGAUGACAGUCUUGACGUUGAAUAUACACCACAAAGGAGUUCAUGGCCAUCCUGUUCCCGCAGUCGUACAGAUCAUAGCAUUUCGUCUGUUAGCCAAGAUGCUGUGGAUCAAACUCCAGCCUUAUCAUUCGAUAACCCAACACGUCCGCUAUAUUUAUGACCGUUAUGGUGAUGAAGAAAUCAAGCGCGAAUAUCCGUCGGAAAGCAAAUUUUUUGCUCGCUUGAAUCUGCCAUUUCUCGCCAAGAAGGAGCGGAUACCGUUGCUACAUGCCCAACCACCUACAGUCGCAAAUCAUCUCCUGAGCGAGCCGAUGACACAUGAGCAGAGUAGUCCUGCGAGGAAGACUAGUAAGAAGAACACCUUUUCAUCAUAUAACCUACUCGAUGAUGGCGAUCCAGUCUCUUUUACUGAUGUCUGUCCGCCGCCGGAUGCAAACUUUCGUACCCAGCCCCCUAAUUUAUCGAACACGGAAUCGACUGUAAAGGAAAAGGCCGAGGCCCAGCAAGAAGAAUUGGAUCCAUUUGAACUUGAAUUUCUUCGCGUCAUGCAGAUGAUACACGCCACUAUUGAACGAAACGAAAUGCGACAAGCCGAAAAGGACAGACGUGAUGCCGCAAAAUUAGAGUGGCAACAAGUGUCAAUGGUACUGGAUCGAUUCCUCCUUGUCGUCUUUGUUAUUGGAACCGCAUCUGCAUCGUUUGUCAUUCUGUAUCAGCGCCAGCUCGGCAUUUUCGAA